UUUGUUUGAUAAUAGUGGUGAGAGAUAUUUUAAGCUGAGGAAAAGUGUUCAGAGCUUUGCCUUGUCACAGUUGGGAAUAACAUCAUUUGCUAGAAAUGCUAAAGAGAACAGGUAUAUAGCAGAAACCUUCAAUUUUCAUCUGUGUCCCAUGUCUUUUGGUUCACAUGAUCAGAGAUUUUAUAUGCAGGCAUCUUCAGUUCAGUUCCUGUGUAAACACAAGUUUGACUUUAACAUGUGGCUUUAUCAGGGGCUUCCAUACCUCAAUAAAGUGGAAGAGAAAGAACUGGAGGAGGAACUGGAGAAUGGUCUUCUCUUCAGUGGCAUUGAGAGGGAGCUGGAUGAGAAGGAGUUGCAGAGUCUGUGUUCUGGAGUUGCUGCCUGGGUGUCUACAGCCUCUGUUGGAGAUUGUUUGACACUGCACAUAGAUGAAAGUAAGGAUCUUAUAGCACUCCUUUCACUUGUUGUGGAGAAAGUAGAUCAUGUGAGGAGAAUUCUACUUGAAAAACAGAGCAAGGAAUUUGAAUCACAACAGCUUCAACUGCAUAUAACUGAAAUGCUUGGAUUUACCAGAGUAUUCCGUCUGCUUCAGCGUGCUAGAAAACCAAUCGUUGGUCACAACUUAUUGAUGGACUUGAUGUUUAUGUAUGAGAAAUUUCAUCUGCCACUUCCAGAUAAUUACAGGUUAUUCAAGGAAGAUAUUCAUGCUUUAUUCCCCACAAUUUUUGAUACAAAACAUAUCAACCACUGCCUUAGAAAGCCUCUGAAGUCCUUGGAGAUUUUCAAGACUGGAAAUCUACAUGAACUGUAUGAGGUACUUCACAGCGAUCGUGUGACAGGUUUGAUGCUGCAACAGCCAACAGUUGUAUUAGCAAAUGCCGAACUGAAUGCAGGGGAAGGCAAAGCUGCACAUCACGCAGGAUAUGAUUCUUAUGUCUGCGGCUGUGUAUUUCUGCGUCUGUGCCAUCUGCUGCACUUCCGCAACUUUGAUUCCAUGGAUGUUUCCACUUGCUCUUUCAAGAUGUAUCUCCCAUCAGUGAAAGAAUAUUGCAAUUGUAUCAAUGUUAUCAGGGCAAUGGUGAAUUACAUAAACCUUGCUGGAAGUGAACCGCCCGUGCAGAGGCCACCCUUGAUUCAUGUGCAGGCGAUUAAAACUGGCACAAAGCUCAUCCCGCAGCAGCUGGCAUUGUGGUUCUCUUUAUAUGGUGCCGUUGAUGUACAGAUGAUCAAUUCAAGACAGGCAGUUGUUGCUACAGCCAACUUUAUCACUGCACAAGACAUCAUCAGUGCUUUCAAGGACCAUGAUGUUAUUAAAGUGACAAAGUACAGAUUCUGGGAGCACUCCUUCUUUGGACAAAGUGUGUUUUUGUGUUCACUUGCUGUUGCCACAGGCUCUUGCAUAUUUAUACUGAUGAGUGUUUUCAGAUAG